GUAACCAUAGAAGAAGAAUUGACGCUUAGUCGGCCACCCGUGUUAGCAUCACUUAUCUGAGCUAGUUGUUUGCUAAGCGUGCGAAGACACACAAAACAGACUAAUUUGUCACCUCAACCGGCCAUUAAGCUCCUUGCUUUGGGUUUUUGGGGCUCGGGUAAAAUGUCUUCUUGGUCAACUGCUUGCAAUGUUUCCCGGCGGCAGCAGGGUAACCCAAAUGGGAGCGUUCAGCCUUUGAGAUUAUUCCGGAGAAGUGCGCCGUACUCAAGCAGGGAAGAGAGGAACGAAGAUCUCAAGGAUGCCCUGGACAGUUACAAAGAAUUGGAACAGAAGCAACACUACAGUGGCAGUGUCAAGUAUGAUGGUGCAAAGCAUCAACACAAUGCUAAGCCCGAGAACACUUCCGCAGACAGACGGAAAACCUUGUAUCAGAAAUUCUACAGGCAAGUGCAAGACGAUCACACAGCUGCUGACUGUGUGAUCAUAUCAGUGGCCAACCAGUGUCUGGAUUACCCCAAAUCGCUAAACCAGUGCUUGCAGGAGCGUGGCCUGUCGGUGGAAAUGCUCUAUCUGCAGGCGGAGUCAGACCUGACGCAAGCCCUGCAGGAUGUCCGAGGUGUUGGCUCCCCGUUAUGUAUUCUGGUGGAGCAGAAAAAUGUAGCUCUGUCCUCCUGCACAGUUAUCAUUUUCUCAGAGCCCCUCAAAAUCCACCGCAACAUGCCCAAAGAGCAGGCCAUGGAUUUUGUCCAAACGGAGCACAGGCGCGGAGUCGGUAAGGAACGGAAACAAAGGGACCCCGCCGAUAUUGCAUCACAGGCCUCGCAGUUGCUCGGGGAAUUUCUGGAUCGGGAAAAGAUAGAGCGCCACCUGGUUCCCUCGGACACGCGUCAGUCCCUCCAGCUGCUGGCCGAGGGCGUGCACGUUUACGCUGAGGAAUUGGAAGCCGUUUUGGCGUUCGUCAACGCCCGGCAGGAACACUUAAGAGCGAGCAACGGCGGCGAACUGAAGAGUAAAAUGUUCUCUUCGGCACCAGGAAAUCCGCCUCCCCUUCUCCCGACGCUGCUCGGCCCGCCUCCGUGUACAAACGAGGCUGGGCGCCCAUUGAUGGAAUCUCCUCCGGCCACACCGAUGCCGCUCUUACCUUCACCAGAACAAUAUCAAAUGCAGGGGCUAUACUCGGCAGUAUGUGAAGGUUCUCAUCUGAAAAGCAAGCCUCCCCCUCUGCUCUCUUUGCAACAAAAGCCGUCCUUACACACCUCUUAUGGUGGCCCUAGUUUGCUAGGUAGCCCCCCAAUGACGCGUCUUCCCAUACGUCACCAGGGCCCAAGAGGGUCCCUCAGCAUGAGAGCUGCUCCACCUUCCCUCAAAGGUUCUCGCCCUCCACUUUUGUCUCUCCCAGGUGUCCCUCACCUUAGUGCUCCCAGACAUUAAGCAUGCAGCAUCCAAGAAUAACUUUGUAUUUAGAACCUGUCUUUUGUUUUGUCUCUGUUGGGUUCAACUUUUAAAAGGCUGAGUGAAAUGAGAAAAUACAUCAAAAACAUUUAAAAAUGUUUGGUACAUUGUUGCUGGAGUAAUUUUUGCUUUUUUUUUUUUUAAGUGUAGUUAACUCAAGGAAAAUAUUUUUUAAAAAAUCAGCUGCAAGACAAAAUGUGUAAAAUAAAAUUGUGUGAAUUUUGUUGUUUUAGAAUUACACAAUGCAGAAUGUUGUGGAUUCAAACGGUCCUCCCGGCUUUCUUGGACAGUUUUGCUCCUUCAUGCGGAGUUUCAAACAUUUCAUUAGUUGAAACAAUCAUCUGUAGUUGAAAUAACAUUGUUUUAUCCUCAUUUUUCUCUGGAUGCAUUUGUGUUAGACAAAUCCUUUUGAAUUGGUGACAGUAAUGGUGUUAAAAAGAAGUUGCAUUGGAUGGAAACUAAAGUUGUUGACAAUUUGUGAGACUUGUACUUUUUAAAACUAUAAAAGAAGUACUAUAAAUUAAACGUUUGUGGCUGUUAAAUGUGUUCUGCAAUGUGCUGUUUUGAUGCGCAGAUGUGGGGACUGGCAAGUGUCCCCUGCACAGCAAACUGUACAAACGUGUUUUUUUUUUACGGGAGCUUCACCUCAAUGUAAUUAUUUUAUUAAAUAUCUUCAUUCAAUUUG